AAAUAGAUGUGUGAACCAGUUCGCCAGUUCGUGAUGACGAUAAAGUUGACGUGGAAUUGAAAACAAAACAACCCUUUUAAUAAAUUUAUUGCCUGAGUAAAUAAACUGGAUAUUUGGGGUUUGAUUUCCUAAUGUAGAUGAUUUGCAGACAAGACGAUUGUUCAUAAAGAAAAACGUAGUCUGAGCGCAUAGCUAUGUCAGACUCAGAGGAUGAGGCAGCGUUUGCCAGUGCUGAUGAAGGAGAGGAAGUAAACAAACCAGCGCUGCCAGCAGCUUCUGCUGCUUCGGGCAAAAAGGAAAAGGCUAAUACCAAAGGAGCUGCACAACCUGGGGCAGGGGGUGCCACUGCCACAACAAAGACCUCUAGCGGGGAUUCUGCGACUGCUGGUAAAGGUGAACAAACCAAGAAGGGCAAGGGUAGACAACAGCAACAAAAAGGAAAGAAAAAAGGAAAAGCCAGUAGCCAGCCUUCACCCAAGGAGGAUUCAAAGACCGAGUCAGAUGAGAAAAAAGCUAGUGAUGUCCCUCAAACUGCUGUGAAGCAGAGCAAAUCUGAUGAAGAUGUUACUCCGAAAACAGAAGCCACUGAAAAAGAGCAGUCUGUACCACAGGCAAAGUCAGAUACGAGUAAGAGUAGUCAAGACAAGGAGAAAGGGAAAGGAGAUAAAAGUGCAGGGGAGGAUAAGACAGCUUCAAAAUCAGACUCCACAGUCAGCCCGUCAAAAUCUGCUGAAGUAGUACAAAGCGACAAUGAGCCUGGGACGACAACACCCAAGAAAGAAAGGUCUGCAGAGAAAGAGUCUGUAGAUAAUCAGAAGACUGUCCAGGCAGGGGAGGUGAGGAAGGGAUUGGGGGCUGAGAUGUCGUCUCCAGAAGGUCAGGAUAUUCCACGUGAGCUGAAAGACCAGGCUACACCCAAGCAGGAUGAGUCGGCUGAAAAGAGUUCUGGUGGUUGGGGCUGGGGUAGCUGGGGAACUUCCAUCCUGUCUGCCGCAUCUUCCUCUGUCCAGACGUUCACCACCCAAGUGGGCGAUGGAUUCACCACAAUCAUCGACACGAUGGAGUCAUCCCUUGGUGUGCCAGAUCCUGGCGAGUUGGCUCAGGCUAAGGAAGUGAAGGAACCCGAAGAUGAGGGAAAGUCUGCGUCUGCUGACGGGGAGAAGGACACUCACCCUCCUCAAGAAAAAUCUUCUGAAGGUCAGAAAUCAAGUGCUAUGGAUAAAAGGGUACCGGAUAAAGAUGUCAAAGAAAAAUCUGAGGAGAAACCAGAGGAACAAAAAGAGGCUGAAUCCAGCAGUGGCAAUAGCUGGUUCUCAAGCUGGGGUGUGGCUGAUCUGGCUAAGAAAGUCCAAGACACGGGGAAAACAUUGGCUACAAAAGGUCAGACGUUGAUGUCAGAGGGUUUUGACGCAGUGGAGAACUUGGCGGCUGGAGGCAUCGAUGUUUUGGAGACUAUCGGCAAGAAAACGUACAGCACUCUCUCAGAACACGACCCUGCCCUGCGGAAGACGAGAGAAUUCCUUAGUCCUAAAGCAGAUAAGCCAAACCUGUCCAGUGUUCUGCGGGAGGCGAAGGAUCAGGCCGAGAUACAGGCAGAGCAAGAGAAAGAGAAUGAGGAGGCGAGGAAGGCACACUUUGGAACUUUGUUUGAUGAUUAUCAAGGCAUCGCUCACUUGGAAGCCCUGGAGAUGUUGUCGAACCAGAGUGAGAAGAAGGUUCACUCUCUGCUUAACUCUCUGGCCUCGGAGGAUCUGACAGCCAUCAAGCCCGUGCUCAUCGCAAUCAAAGAGGCUUUUGAGGUGAAUGAGGAUGAUGAUGAUGAUGCAGAUCUGGCAGCUAAGGACCAGGAUUUCACGAGCCUUGUGAGUCAACAUUUGUCUGAGCUAGAGCUGGGGACAGCUCCGGACAAACUGAAUAAGGUCCAUGAGAUGGUCAAACAGUGGAUUGUGGACUUUGAUGCCAACGAGAGUCAUGAUUCAGAGAGUGUCAAGAACGUGCACCAGCGCAGCAUCCAGUCUCUGGCAGAGCUGACCUCAAAGGGUGUGGAACAAUUCCACAAGGCCGGAGAGCUAGUGUUGUUGGAGAGAGACACGGACAAAGACUGUACUGAGAGGGCUCACAGUCUAGCCAGACUGACAGGCGUCCUGUGUCAUGAAGUAGGAAACAUGGCCACCAAGUUUGCCGGAUGUCUCAACAAGAUGGCCGAGCAAGAAGAAAGUUCAGAUGAGAUCACAGCCCUGGUCACAAAUAUCUAUCUAGAGGCCUCCAACAGCAGCACAUACCUCCAAGACGCUUUCCAGUUGUUACUCCCGGUCCUGCAGCAGGCAGCGCUGGAACACUCCAUCAACAGCAGGCACCAGUCAUGACCUUGACCCUGUGAGCGUCGUUCUUCAGCUGUGGGUUGUGGGAUGUUGUACAGUCUAUGUUUGAACUUUUCUGUGACCUUACAUGUAGUGACCGAAUUAUUAGAAUUAUGUUUGAAGUUGAUGUACCAUCUUUUACUGUGACAGGAACUAAACUAGGGUAAGAAACAAGUCUCCGAAAUAUUAUACCACUUCUGUAUUGACAUCUGUUAGUUAAUUUCAAGAAUAAUGGUUGGAGGAUGCUACUGAUAGGUCCUGCUUCUUUUCUUUCCCUAUGUUGUUUCUGUUUCUUAUUUUUUCCUAGCUCACAGUGACUGAUUUUAGAUGGAUGUGCUUCUCUUUACUGAAACUCAAACUGUAAUUUUCUGUUCUUUAAAAAGAUAAGAGUGAAGUCAGAAUAGAACAGCUGGUAACUUGUGUUGAGUAAUACUGAAUUAAAGGUGCUCUUAUGGUAUGCAGUAGCAGGUACAAAGAACUUUGUUUCUUUUAUUUUGCGGAAUUUGAUGAGUUUAGUUUUUGUGAAAAUCAGGUUUUGUCACCAAGGCAUUCUGUUCCUCUGAAGACUUUUAUUGACAUUGCAAGUUAUCAGAAGCUCAUAGCUUUUGUGAUAUCAGUAGUGGUUUGUUUUAUUUGUCUAUAUGCAGGUUGCUUUUUCUUUGUACUUUCAAGAGUCACUUAUUGUAUGUGUGGCAUAACCUUAGUAUGUGGGCUAAAUUUAUUGGGGGAGUGAGUUCUCCCGCUGAAUGGUUGAUAUCGCACUGUUAUCUGAUUUCAUAUGGAUUUAUUACCUCUUGUUCCCACUUUUCGUGAACUGUUAGAUCUUAUUUAUCGCGUACUGUCUUUAUAAAACCUGUACAUGCUAACCUGGUUCAAGAAUUGUGAGACAACAUUUUCUUAUGUAUCUUGCUAUGAAAAAUCUGUCUUGAUGAUGUAUACUUUUCUUUGUUUUGUUUUUUCCUGUAAGGAUAUAUUGCAUACAUAGAACAUAAGAAAUUUGAUUCUUACCAAGCUAAAGUCUUAUCAGAAAAAUUUUUGAUCUCCUCCUUCAGUGAAGUGAAGUGCCCUAACUUAACAUCAGUUGAUCACAUGAGAAAUAUUUCCUAGUCAGAUCUGUUACCAUGACAUCUUCUAUUGGUUCUGAACAGAUUUGAUACCUGACACUUCUGACAGGCAUGAUGUUGUUUUCAGAAGACCAUGAAUAAAUUUCACAUACUAAGAAGACCAUCGUAAGACUGAAAACAUGAAGCUAUGUAUCCAUUUCAAACAAAUUUCUGACAAAUUAAGAGCAUUUGAAAUAAGCUUACAUGAUACAUGUUUUUACAGACAAAGCUGUUUGAAAAUGUCUUGAAAUCUCUGGAAGUUAGGCAUCUGAGUUGCUAUGGCACUUCACAAAGCUGCUGCAGAUGAAGUGGUAGUGAAUGUGAAAUUAUAGUGGUUAAAGUAAAAGCUAAAAGUUCUGUCAAAUGAACAGACUCUUACACUGUUGCUUUGAAUACUUUGAUGAGAGCAGAUCACAUUUCAUUUAUUUUUUUUUCAAUGUGAUCUCAAUACAUUGUGUACAAAUGCAAGCUGUGUAAUGUUGUACAACUUCACAACUUUCUUUGUAGCUUUGGAAUCUGUUAUCAUCUUUUUGUACAGCAGAGCAUCUGAACUACUUUGCUGUAUUCUCAUCAUAAUGGUUCCUUUGAGGUAUUUAAUUCACCCAUGUUGAAAAAAAAAAUUCAUUUUCAUGUGUGAAUUCGCCCAAUGCAACACCACACCAUUGAUCAUUGAUGAAGUGGGAAUAACUGCAUAAAAGGGGAAACCUUUUUGAUAGGACCAGUCUGGAAGAGUUCUGGACUCUCUCUCUCUCUCUCUCUCGUUUUGCUGGAUUUAUUAGGCAAUUGUAUGACUGGUUUCUGCCUAGAUCCCUUUUAUUGGUUGUCAAAAAAACCAACCCAGUAGGUUCUUGCGGGAACUGAGUUUUUGACAUGCAGUGUGUUUAGACAGAGACCACUGUAUUUUGAUAUUUGAAUUGAUUAUAAGUCGUUAGAGGAUGUGAAUGCGAGCACAGUUGAGCCGUCCAUUCUUCACAGUGCAGCUCUUGUGAUAUUAAAUGCAUCUGUCGCGGGUCUCUUUCACUUGCGUUUGUUUAGUCCUACUCUCUUGAUUGAUUGCUUGGUAACGAGAUGCACAAAGGUCAUAGAAAUGUUUACUCCCAGCGAAACACUUAGAACAGGCAUGGGCGAGCAUGUCCAAUUCAUGGGCCAGAUUAGGCAAUUCUGAUUAUUUCACAGAUAACAGCUAGAGGAAGUUGGGUGAAAUCAGUUAAAAUGCCCAAGCUGUCAAAAGUGAGACUAAAACUGAAGCUCUAUACAUGCAUGUCACUCAAGAAUGAGAUGAAGUAUUAUAUCAAUUGCUUCCAGCUGGGCAGGAAACUUCAUUUUAAUUUUCAAGAUGGAUAGUUUUGUUUUUUUUCAAUUAUCAUUUCACCACAGGUCACAUUCAUUAUAUUAUUAAUUACUCAGCAACUCAUAGGCUGAAUAUGGCCUGCAGACAGUAGUUUACCCAUGCCUGAUAUAGUCUUGUCUACUAUCUGAAGGAUGCGCUAUGUUUGACUGUUAUUAUUAUUCCUUUCUGGUACAACCUCCCUUUACCCAGACCUAUCCAAGAGGAACACUUAUUAAUAAGGGGAAAAUGUUCCUGUACUUGUACCAUGCUGGCCUUGAAAAAUGUCCUUGUUAGCCAAGGCAGUGACCAACUAUGCUGUAGCAGCAGGAUUAGGGUUCGUAAUUGUAAAAUUUUCUGAAGCACCCAGUACUGGGAUAUCUGCUCGUAUACGUAUAGUUUUUGUUUGUCUCCCCCCCCGAAAUGCAACAGAUCAAAGGAAUAUUUCAAAUGUUCUGAAGUCAUGAUUCACCUAAAGCAUUAUUCUUGUCUUAAAAUACUUUUAAUAAUUUUUGUGCUGUUAAUGGUCUUUCUAGUAGACUUCCAGACUUGCAACCAUAAGGCUGCGGGCUUGAAUUCUUUUCCUUGGGGAAAAACACUUUACACAAAUUCUUUUGACUUCACCCAGGUGAGAAAAAGGAUCCUGCUAAGACAGUAAAAGAUCUUAUCCAUAAAAAUAUUGGUUUUGUUUUGUUACCCUUUGAAUGCCUGCAACAUUGCAGGAGCUUUGCCCUGAAUUCCUCUUCAGAAAGUUACAGGGCCUUUCAGGACAAAGAUAUUGCAAAAUGCACAGACCUUUCUUUUGAAUAGUGAUACGUGUUAUAUAAACACAAUCUAUUAUUGUUAUUGUUAUAAUUCUUGUUAAUUCAAGAGGCUGUUGCACAUGUGAUCUAGACAAAAAAAAAUUGAUUUUCUGGACCUUAUGAUUUUCAUGUUUGGCCUCCUGAUUAAUAUAGCAGCUGAAAAUUGUUUCAAUUUCUGAGAAACAGGUUUGAUUUUAGAUUGCAUAGUAGGCUUGAUAAGAAGAACAAAAUAUUGAAAGUCUGACCAUUUCUUGAGGCAUACUUGCGCUGAGAGUAAAUGAGAGUGCUGUUCUUCCAUUUCGGACUUUUUUUCAGGCACUUGUACUUUGAGUUCCAAUGGCAUUAUGUUUUUUUUUCUGACUGAACUGUUUUGCAUGACAAUUUGUGAUAGAUGUCUAUAAUAAAUAGCUGUGCUCAUCACAAAGUAUUGACCAUUGGUCUGUACGUAUAUAAUAAUCCCUGAACUUUGCAAUAAAUUUACUGGGCUCUCAUUA